AUGGGCUCGUCCUCCUCGGCAGCGGCAGAGUCCGUGCACAGCGUCGACGGUCGGAGUAGCAGUUUGGACGAGCGUCAGGUCACUAUGAGAACGAGGAAGGAGAAGAAGGGUAUGAAGAAGAAGCGGAGGAGGAGAUCAUCGGCUGUUCACGACGAGCAAGAGUAUGCGGGAGACGAGGGGGAACCACGACGUAGAGGCAGAUCUACUACGGUCAAAGACAGAAGGAGGCGAAGUCGAAGUAAGAGGCGACGUGAUGCUGAGGGUGCAGCCGAAGCCGAACAGAAGCCGAAGAAAAUACGAUCCAAGAAAGACGAGACGAGGAAAAACGGAAGCAAGAAAAGCUCCAAGACCGAAGAUCAAGGAGAAGGAGAGAAUAAGGCUAGCGAAAGCGAUGCAGUACCGACACAACCUUCAGAACAAGAAGAAACUACCGAAGAGCAAGUUGUGUCUUCGGAAAAAACUGAGGAGACAAGAACUGCAACUCAACCUCAGCCUCUACUCGAAUCCUCUGACGGAAUCAUCAUCACCGUAACAAAGCCCCCGACCGAUGACGAGCAAAAACCUGUUGAUCUCUCCCUUCCUCAGGGUGGUCCUCUGGGUGAAGACAUGCGUGAAAAUUCCCACAACUUCUCAUCACCUUCGGAUGGAGGAGAUGAGAACAAUACCGUGGACGAGGAACAACAAGGCUCAUCAAGCGCAGACGAAGAUGGGGACGCAUCAACGACCUCUGUGGCGGAAGAAGAAGAUAGCUGCGAAUCUGGGUCGUCGAAUGGAGGUUCCUACAGAAGCGGAUCUGAAUCAUCAUCCUAUGAAUCGAUGUCGGGAGAAGAAGGUUCUGUCGUGUCCUCGAAUGACAUCUCUUCUCCCGAUGGGAGCUGCUCUGGAUCAUCGAGUGCAGCAUCGUCAUCUCCCUCAGAAGUGUCGUCUGAGGAGCUUACGACGGGAC